UCAGACGGGCCCGGACACGUACUGGCUUAAGCAUGGGGACACGUUUGGCACUGCAUGAUUUGAGUCCCUGGCCAGUGUAGUGUGUUACUGAUGGUAGCCUUUGUUGCUUUGGUCCCAGCUCUCCGUAGGUCAUUCACUAGGUUCCCCCGUGUGGUUCUGGGAUUUUUGCUCACCGUUCUUGUGAUCAUUUUAGCACCACGGGGUGAGAUCUUGCGGUGAGCCCCAGAUCAAGGGAGAUUAUCAGUGGUUUUAUAUGUCUUCCAUUUUUUAAUAAUUGCUCCCACAGUUGAUUUUUUUCUCACCAAGCUGCUUGCCUAUUGCAGAUUCAGUCUUCCCAGCUUGGUGUAGGUCUACAAUUUUGUUUCUGGUUUGGUUUGACAGCUCUUUGGUCUUGGCCAUAGUGGAGUUUGGAGUGUGACUGUUUGAGGUUGUGGACAGGUGUCUUUUAUACUGAUAACAAGUUCAAACAGGUGCCAUUAAUACAGGCAACAAGUGGAGGACAGAGGAGACUCUUAAAGAAGAAGUUAUAGGUCUGUGAGACCCAGAAAUCUUGCUUGUUUGUGUGAAAACUAAUGGAACAGCCAUGGUACACGCAAUAUUUCUGGCUCCUGGUUUUUGGAGGCAUUAUCCUUGUCACAGGCAUUAUCAGCUUUGUAAUGUUUUGUUUCUGUAGGACUCAGUUCUCAAGAAGUCUAAAACUGCAAAUAAAAAGGACUUCAAAAGAAGAGAAAACACAGACAAGAGUCCAAAAUGUAGCAGUUAUCUCAGAUGACCUCUUUUAUCAUUCAUCAGCUUCACCAACAAUUAUAUUGCCAGAAGCAACCAACUAUAAGCAUGAUGCCACUGCUUUGUAUGCUACCGUGAAAAAAGAGAAAGUAACUUUUCAGCAAAAAGGCAUAAAUUCUGAAUAUAAUGGCCACAAAUACCAUUUACAAGUACCCAACAAAAAUUACAAAUAUUCCUCUGCAUCCUAUGACUCUGUUUUACACAGUGCAGACUUUGAUUACAUAAAUACAGAAAAUUCUAAAAAUAAAGGUUACAAAUCUGAUUUACGUGUACCCGACAAACAUGACAGAUAUUCUUAUGCAUCUUAUGAUUCCGUUGGUCUCAGCACAGACAUGAAUUAUAUAAACACAGAUACAGAAAAUUAUACUAAAGACUGGGAAUAUGUAGAAGUGCUUGCGGAUGAAAAUGAUUACGACGAUGUGGAAAUAAUCUGACCCUGUUAAUAUUUUUUUUAUUUCCAACCGAAAUGAACCUUUACAGUUCUGCUGAUCUUUUAACCAACUUUUCUUUUACCAUUGACUUCUAUGAUACAUUUUAGAUAUGAAAUGUGCACUUUAUAGUGCCCUAAAACAGGUUCUCAAUAUUAUAGAUCCUAUAAUGACCAACUGAAUUUCUUACUUUCCCUAUCUAGGAUAUCUGGAAGGGAAAAAAAAGGAUGCAUGGGGGAUAAAUGAUAGUUAUGUAAUCCUGAUUACAUUUUUUUUAUUUAUGCUGUUGUAAAAUUGUGCUCAAAAGUUUGCAUACCCUGGCAGAAAUUUUGAAUUCUGGAACCGAUUUAAAAAAUAUGACUGAUCAUGCAAAAAUAAAAAAAUAAAAAACUUA